AUGCCUCCUUCCAAGCGAGCUGGCCAAAAUUUGGCAAGAGUUCUAGGCAUAAAGCUCGAAGACCCAGAUGUCGACAACGUAACUAGGGGAGAGUCGGUGUUUUCAACCCAAACAGCAGACAGUUUCGUUGAGCAACCGCCUACGAGCAGGGAAUGGCUGGCAGAUAUCACGCCAUCUAGACGGGAUGUAGCUACUUACUUCACGUCACUAUUCCCUUUUCUGUCAUGGAUCAGAUUCUAUAAUCUACAAUGGUUUCUUGGCGAUCUUGUCGCAGGUAUCACUAUCGGCGCUGUUGUCGUGCCGCAGGGUAUGGCCUAUGCCAAGCUAGCUAACCUACCCGUCGAAUUUGGCUUAUACUCAUCAUUUAUGGGAGUCUUGGUCUACUGGGUUUUCGCAACAUCGAAAGAUAUUACCAUCGGACCCGUAGCUGUUGUAUCCUCUGUUACAGGUACUGUGGUUGCGAAUGCCUCUAAAAAGCUCCCGCAAUAUGCGGAUACGCCUUGGGUUAUUGCGAGCGCACUCGCUCUCGUAUCUGGAGCUAUCGUCCUGUUCAUCGGUUUGAUUCGGUGUGGAUGGAUUGUUGAAUUAAUACCCUUGGUAUCCCUUGCUGCUUUCAUGACUGGGUCCGCGAUCAACAUCGCUGCUGGUCAAGUCCCUACUUUGAUGGGUAUCACUGGAUUCUCUACAAGGGACUCGACCUACCUGGUGAUCAUCAACUCCUUGAAAAAUCUUGGCAAGACGGAUUUAAACGCAGCCAUGGGCUUGACAGCACUCACGAUGCUCUACCUAAUUCGGUUCUCGUGCGCCUGGGCCGCAAAGAAGUUCCCGAACCACCACAAGCUAUUCUUCUUCCUUUCGACUUUGAGAGCCGUUUUCGUCAUCUUGCUAUAUACUAUGAUUAGUUGGUUGGUUAACAUGCACCGUCGUGACCACCCGGCGUUUGCCAUUCUUCAGACUAUCCCAAGCGGCUUCCAGCAUGCCGCCGUUCCGACUAUAAAUUCCGAGAUAGUCAGCUCGUUUAUAGGCGAAUUGCCUGCAACGGUCAUCGUUUUACUCAUUGAGCACAUCGCCAUCUCGAAGUCCUUUGGUCGCGUCAAUAACUAUACAAUCAACCCAUCGCAGGAGAUGGUCGCUAUCGGCGUAACUAAUGUCCUUUCACCCUUCCUCGGAGGUUAUCCAUCCACAGGCUCGUUUAGUCGCACUGCUAUUAAGUCUAAGGCGGGUGUCCGAACCCCUUUUGCUGGUGUUAUUACUGCGGCUAUAGUACUUCUUGCUAUCUAUGCGCUGACCGCAGUGUUCUUUUACAUCCCAUCCGCCGCUCUCGCAGCUGUCAUCAUCCAUGCCGUCGGGGACCUUAUCACACCGCCAAACACACUUUAUAAGUUCUGGAGAGUCUCGCCCCUUGAAGUUAUCAUAUUCUUUGUCGGCGUUUUCGUUACAAUUUUCAGUACGAUCGAGGACGGGAUCUACGCUACGAUAUGCAUCUCAUUUGCUGUGUUCAUGUUCCGAGUCCUGAAGUCACGCGGGAGAUUCCUUGGCAGGGUGCAGGUACACUCAGUACUUGGCGAUCACCUUAUUGGUAACGACAGCAACAUUAUGGGCCAAUACGGGACCUUCGACGUAUCUGAUUCUAGCUUAUCCCCACCUACCCGUAACGUCUUCCUCCCAAUCGAUCAUGGAGACGGAUCCAACCCAGAAGUCGAGGUCGCCAGUCCAUAUCCCGGCAUAUUCAUCUACCGCUUCUCUGAGGGGUUUAAUUAUCCCAGCGCCAGUCACACUUUGGACUACCUCGUAGGCCACAUCUUCGCCAACACGCGUCGCACCAGAACCGACACGUUCGCACGCCUUGGAGAUCGGCCGUGGAACGAUCCCGGCCCGAAGAAAGGCGAAAAAGAGAAUACAUCGCUGCCAACGCUGAGAGCCAUUAUCCUGGACCUCAGCUCGGUCCACAACGUGGACGUGACCUCGGUGCAGCAGCUGAUCGACGUCCGCAACCAGCUGGACCGGUACACGACGCCGGACAUGGUGGACUGGCACUUUGCGUGCAUGAACAGCCGCUGGACGAAGCGCGCCCUCGUCUCCGCCGGCUUCGGGUACCCCACCCAGCGCCCCGACGGCCUGCACUCGCGCUGGAAGUCCAUCUUUAGCGUCGCCGAGAUCGGGGGCGCGGACUCCGCCGCCGCCGUCGCGGAACAGGAGGCGUACGAGAAGGAGGCGACGCAGCGCCGCCUGUCGCUCAGCAACAGCAACAACAAGUUCGAGGAUGACCCCGCUGCCAUGUCAACGCCCGGCCCGAGCACGGCGUCUAGUAUUACGCAGCAGACGCCGGCAGCGGGAGCAGGGUCAAAGGCGCCUGAUUUCACGCGCACGGGCGAGGCGAGUCGACGCGUUGCGGUGCAUGGACUCAAUCGCCCCCUGUUCCACGUCGAUCUUACGAGCGCGUUGCAGAGCGCGAUCGCGAAUGUGAGGACGAGAGAGGAGAUUGAGGCUGCUGGGGGGCCGGAUAUUGGGGUCGAGGUUUGA